CUCCAUUUCUCUCGCUCGCUCUCUGGUAGCCGAGAGGGGGGAAGGGGGAAGGAAGGGGAGCAACGCCGUCCCCCUUUGUGACGUCGCCUUUGCGGACCUCAAAUUCCUGCUUGCAGCGUUUGGAAUGUCGGUCUCCACUUCGCUACGAGAAAAGGAACCCUAACCCUGAUUCCCCUAUUGGAAGAUUAUUGUUAUCCAAUGAAGAUCUGAUCCUACUGAAGAAGGAGUUCCGAUGGUACGGUGGAAUAGGUGGGAUUUUGCUGCUAGGAUUUGGAGAAACAAGGGUUGUUUGCUUUCUUGGAUUGACAGAUUAGGGAAAUGAGAGCAAUUUUAGGAGGAUGGAUCUGAACCUCUACCUGGGGCUGCCUCGUUCCCCUCGUCCCUGCACUCUUGGUCUCGGUCCCGAUCUCGCUCUCAGUUCAUUGUACUUGCCGUCGUCUUCCACCACUAUCGAGGACGUCCGUGUUCCAGUUCCCAUGUCAGGUGCCGUGGAACCAUCGGAUUCUCACCCUCCAUACUCUCCUUCACAUGCCGAAUACACCCCUGACAUGCCGGCUGUUCUCCCAUUUCAUAGGAUCGACACUCCAGAGUACACCCCAUUCCCUUCCAAUGAACGAUAUGGGGAAUCCUCGUCUGCUAUUCCACCAAUUAUUCGAGACCCUGAAGGACCUGAUGUUCCAUAUUCUCCUUCCAGUGUACAACCCCUGCCAGCUCUGCAGGAACCCGAUGAAACUGCAGUCCAGGAUGAUGACUCUCAUAUGGUCUAUUACCCUGCGUCUCCACUCAGACGUGCUGAUGAACCUGUAUUUUACUCGCCACCUUAUGUUUCUGGAUCGACAAAUUCACAGGACCACGAAACAGCCACCUUUCGCUUUUACCCAUCAAUGCCCAUGCAAACAGGUCAGAUCCUGUGUCCGGAAGAUGGCCCCUCUUCGAGGCCUGAGCCUCUUCACACCACUGAGGCACAUUUCAGAAGACUGACCGAAUCUAGCCUUCGAUGGCCAAACAGACAAUUUAGAUCUUUGCUUCAGCAUGCCGGUGAGAGGUCCAGUUUUCUGUCGCCAUCAGUGCCUAUUCGUGAACAGCCAGUGUGUGAUACAUUGAGCUCCCAAAGAUCUUUGGAACAUAAUGGGAAGCAUAAAGUGAGUGCUGAAAAUGAUACAACAGAAACUUCACAAGAGGAGAGGGAAGAGAAAGGUAGAAGUGCUGCUAACUUUGAGUGCAAUAUAUGUUUUGAUAUGGCUGUAGAACCUGUUGUUACCUCAUGUGGACAUCUGUUUUGCUGGCCAUGUUUAUAUCAAUGGCUGCAUGUCCAUUCUGAUUUUAAAGAAUGCCCUGUUUGUAAGGGAGUCGUAACUGAGUCAAACAUCACACCUAUUUAUGGUAGAGGGUCUCUGCAGCCUACUGUUGAGAAAAAUAAUGAGGAUGAGGUGUCAGAUCUUACAAUACCACCAAGACCAUGUGGAAAUAGAUUUGAAAGCUUUAGGCAACUGUAUCGCCCAGUUUCAAGGAGACUGGGGGAGGGAAUUGUAUUGUCAUGGAGACGCCUUCUUGAUCAGCACAUGCAUAGAGAAAACAGGCACGAAGACCCAAGCCUGCAGGAAAUAUUUGACAGUGUUCAUCGUAGAGCUCUAAGUAGGAUGAGGGCAAGAAGACUGCAAAGAGAGGUAAAUCCUGAAAGUGGAUCUAUCACUGAGGAUCUUGGAUUGCCCAUAAACAAUGUGCCAAACCCUAUCAGAAGUAAUACAAAUUCUAUCUUCCGAGAUGGAGCCAAUCUUUGGCCACAGAAUUCCAUGUAUGACCAUGGCACAGAUAGAGAGAUUGGUAAUAUGGUUGGACAAAAUGCAAGUAGUAGCAAUGGAUAUGGUCUAUCUACUUCAUCUGCUGAUCCUUUAAAUCUGGAACCACCAACAAUCAGGCAUCACGCUGAAUCAGUAUUGGCUGCUGAUCAGGCCUCUGCUUCUAGCACCAUGGCCAUGAUACAGGGAGAUGCUGCUGCCACUGAUGCUCUCGCAGAACCAAAUAGUGCAGGAUAUUCUCGGUCCAGUAGAAGGAGAGUUAGAAGCAACACUUAUGGUUCUUUUGAUGUUGAUGAAAGCACACUUCACUCAUGUAAGAGAAGAAGGCUGAACUAGUCUCCUUGUCUUGUUGUUUAGGCAUCUUCUAGUUAUUCGCCUCUUGGUAUGAUUGUAUGCGGAAAUAAAUCCAGUAGAGUGUUAUACUUAGUUGUUUGGAUAACAUUUAUAUUUAUCUGAUUAUCUUGGGUCAGGUUGC